AAUCCAAAGAGCACAUCUCACCUACAUAGUUCAUCCAUCUGGUUCAAGAGGCUCCCAUCGAAAAAGUUUUGUGGCAACCAUGGGUAAGAAGACUGAGUCCGAUCUCGUAUCCGAAGAUGGUGGCACUCCAGCCAAUCCAGAAGCAGUGACUCCCUCAGAAGAUGCAGAAAUCAACUUGCUGGAUAUCGUGGCUGCGAGGAUUGACACUCACAGAACAGAGGAAAAGAUUUUAUCCUUCUUACUGAAGAAUGAGAGGAAGUUGACCGUAUCCGAUCUGGUGUCCGAAGAAGGUGGCGCUCCAUCCAAUCCAAAAGCAGUGACUCCCUCAGAUGAAGACAUCAACUUGCUGGACAUUGUGGCUGCGAGGAUUGAAGCUUACAGAAAUGAGGAAAAGAUUUCAUCCUUCUUACUGAACAAGCAAAAGAAGACAUGCGAAACACAAGACAUUGCACAGCCAGGAGCGUAUGCCUUUGCCCCAACACCGUCCAACAACAAUGAUGCAGAGAUAGUUAUUGAAGAAACUAGGCAUGACAUUGAACCAGCACCACUCGAACAGGACAGCUCUGGUUUGGCAGUUGCAAGAGAGGUGCAGGAUGAUCCAGAAGACCCAAGAAGCUUGCCACAAGCAGAAGACUAUAACGAGAAUAGAGAGUCUAAGAAAAGGAACACACAAACACAAGAGUCAAAUAUGCGGAUUGCAUUGGUUCUUGGCUUCGGCCUCUGUCUUGUUGUUCUCGUUGUACUACUUGUGGUCCUGUUGGGGAAAACAGCUGAUGGAACUGAAGCUACACUGGCCAUGGAACCUGUCGAAUCCAACAAUGAAGAUGCCCCUAUGCACUCUAACAUGGCCCCUAGUGCAUCUCCUGUCUUUGAACAGCUCCUGAGCUACUUCCCAAACUACACUAGUUAUCCAGGCAUUGGAGGACCCAGAGUCUCCACAAUCCAAAGCAUUGGAUUGGCUAUUGGAUGA